AACCAUGGAGGGGGAAAUUGUUUAUGCUGAUUUAAGGCAUCUUGGGGGUGGGUCCUCUGCUGAUAAGCAUGGGGCACCAGCCUUCUGUCCAUGGUGGCACAGGCUCCUUUUCAUAGCCGGGGGACUGGGGCAGCUCAUCCUGCUGGUCCUGGUGGUGGUGCUGAGUGUGCGGGUUUUUCAGGGGUCCCCACAGCCAGUGGUGACAAGUAUUCCGCCGCUGGGCAGUGGGAUCCAGGGAAGGAACCAGGUGGAGCACUGCAUGUUUUCAUCCCUGGUGAGGUAUUUCUGCAAGCCCCGAGGGGACAGCCCCACAGCCUAUGCUGGCUGCAAGCUCUGUCCCCAGGACUGGCAGCUCCAUGGGGAAAAAUGCUACUGGCUUUCUGAGGAAUUGGGAAACUGGACUCAAGGCAUGAAAAGCUGUGAAAAUAAGGACUCCCAGCUGGUGGUGCUCCAGGACAAGAAAGAAAAGGAGCACAUCAAGACUGUUACAGGCAAGAGCCCACUACCAGUGUGGAUUGGAUUAAGGUCACAUCAGAAGGUGUGGAGAUGGGUGGACAACACACCUUUCAACCCCAAAAUGCUUGGUACCUCUCUGCACGAGAUGGAUGAAGGGUGUGGAACACUGAGAGCCAAGGACUUCAAAGUUAAUAAAUGUGAUGCUGAACACAAGUGGGUUUGCAAAAAAAACCCUUUCCUGCUCUGCCCUGUGACAGCAGAACAUGGAGAGAAAAGCGAUGCCUCCAUCUGACAAAUACCCACCCCAAAAUGCCCAUCACACAAGCCACUUGUUGCUAAUAUUUGGGGUAAAAUAGCCCCAUCCUCACAGUUACAGCUUUGCAGGAGAUUUCAGGGUUUGCAAAUCCUCUUACCGUGAGGACCAAGACCAGUUUUGGGGGCACAGAUGAGACCCUGAGCUGGAGAAUCAGAAAGGCCUGUACCUCAGGCACAGUGUUGAUAGAGCUGUGGCAUCAAU